UGUCACAAAUGGUUUGUUUUGAGUGUGUGAUUUAAUUUUAUUAACAAAACAGCUUUAAAUUAAAAUUAUUUACCCUAAAUACUUUCAUAAAUUUUAAAUAAUCUUGCCUAUGAAAAUGUUGGCAAAUCAGGGUUUCACAUUAGACAUGGAAAAAGCAGAUUUAGGUAAUUUAGUAACUGAGCAAUUGGAAAUGGAUAAAACUGUUGAACAAUAUCCCAAUAUUCCAAUAAUACAUAUCCUCGGAACUUUGCCCAAUGGAAAUAUAUGUUUGGUUGGAGAUGAUCAGUUCUUGCAACAACAUGAAAACAAUACCAUUGAAGUUAUAGAACAACAAGAAAACAAGAACAUAAGAACAAUACUAUUGCCCCCACCACAAACAUCAGAACCACACCAGGAACUUGAGAACUCAUUGAAUAAUACUGCAUCAAAACCCACAGAUUUUCCAUACAAAUGUUUUAAGUGUAGUGAAAAGUUCAUGACAAUCUUGCAAUAUAGAAAACACAUGAUUUGGCAUAGACAUAUGAAAAAAUACAAAUGCACAAAGUGUUCGGCUGGGUAUAAUGUGGAGAGCAAUUUGAAAAUCCACAUGGCAAUGCAUAUUGAAGGAAAACCUACUUGUCCAAUUUGUAAUUUGAGUUUUCAAAGAAAAGCCAGUUUGAAAUCGCAUCUAUUCAUACAUCAAGUUGAAGAGACUUAUGUUUGUGAAGAAUGCAAAGCUGAAUUUGAUAAAGAAGAUGACUUAAUAAAACAUUUUGAAAUACAUGCAACAAAUGUGUCAGCUGAAAACAAAAUUUUGACUUGUUCUUAUUGCAAAGUGGAAUUUGAGGAUACAUCAACAUAUAGAGAGCACAUAUCACACCACAUUAAAGCCAAAAAGUUGCUCAACAAAGGCAAAAGAACCAAGAAAAAGAGCACUAAAGAUGGAAAAUUUGUUUGUGAACAGUGCAACAAGUCUUUCAUAAAACAUUCACUUUUAGAAAGACAUGAAAGAAUUCAUACUGGAGUGAGACCAUUUGUGUGUCAUAUAUGUAAAAGAGGUUUUACACAAAGGGGAACUUUGCAUAUACACAUGAAAAGACAUGAAGGGAUUAAACCAUAUGAAUGUACUUUAUGUCCUGCAAAAUUUGGCCAAAAAGGAAAUUUGAAAGUUCACAUUGAAAAAACCCACACUGCCUCGUCGUCUGAAGAAAGAAAGUUCAAGUGUUUCAUUUGUCCCUGUAUUUUUAAAAAAGUUAGUUCACUGAAUGCUCACAUGACGAGAGUACAUACCAAAAAUCCACCAGAUGUAGGUGCCAAUUUCGUUAUGGAACAGCUAAAACGGCUGGAGGAAUGCGUUAAAUCAGAUGAAAAAAUUGCUGUUUCUGAAACUACUUUGGUGGAAGAAAGGGUGGCAAAAAAAGAGCCAGAAGCUGACUAUGGAUAUCUGACGUCAAACGAUAGUGUGGCGAAUUCGAACGGAUUAAGAAAGUAUUUGGUGAAACAGAAGAAAAUUGGUGAUACUAGAUUUUACUUUUGCAAUUAUUGCAUGAAGCAGUUCAAGAAGCCGUCCGAUUUAAUUAGACAUAUUAGGAUUCACACCAAAGAAAAGCCAUUUAAGUGCAAAACAUGCUCAAGUUGUUUUUCACUGAAGUCCACGUUACUAGCCCAUAUUAAAACACACGAAGCAAAAACUUCGUUACACACUUGCUCUUUGUGCAACGCCUCGUUCUAUGGUGUCCAGAAACUCGCAGCUCAUUUAAAAAGACACAACAUACAAACUGUUAAUUAUAUUUGUAAGCAAUGCAACCAAAUUUUUAACACUCAAGAAGAUGCUACUCAGCAUUCGCUCAGUACAAGUGAAGAGAAACAUUCUGUAACUGUACUGAUUAAAAGUCCGUUGCCAGAGAGUCCCCACGGAUUAAACCAAAUGAAAAUAAUUAAACCUAGAAUAACAGCAAUUGAAGAUGGAGCAGUAAAACGAAUACCUAACUGCAACAUUUGCAAUCAAAAAUUUUCCAAAGUUUCGUUAUUUAGACAACACAUGAAAAAUCACAGCGAAAAGAAUAAUAUAUGUCCUUACUGUUCAAAAUCGUUUAGAACACCGUUGCGUUUGAAUGUUCACAUGAAUUAUCACAUGAAUAUCAGGAACUAUCAAUGUGGCAUUUGUGCUAAAAAAUUCGUUACUUCUCAUAUGCUUAAGCGCCAUCAAUUGGUGCACGUUACCCAAAAACCGUAUGGUUGUAACUAUUGCGAGAAAAAAUUCAAGACUUCGAUGUUGUGCAAACAGCACGUGAGGAGAGUGCAUAAAAUCGAAAGCACGUUAACAAACAACGACCAAGGGGAAAUUUCGACGGUUUUGAACUUUUCUGAUAUGAUAAAUGAAGAUGAUCCUGUAAAAAAUUCGGAUGAAAUUGGCGUGAUUUCAGACAAUCUUUCCUCCGAAAAUAUAUUUCAGACGACCGAAGUAGCUGAAAACCAAUUUUACAGUAUUCCUGAGAACAUCCAAGUUUUGACGGAGGAUACUUCUACGUCUUUAUUGCAUAACGACAACCCAUUCGAAACAUAUUAUAUUAAUUCUGAGGGCCUACUGGUAAAUAAUGCUAAUGUGUUUUCAGAAAUAAAACUCGAGGGCAACGGUAAUUUCCUACUUAAAACCGUCGGCGAUUUACAAGAGAAGACGGUCUUCAACGAGAACUUGAACAUCAAUAAUCAGGAAAUAAUCAACGUCAAUCAUUUUUUCAAUAACGAACAGGAGGAAUCUCAAAAGACGGAAAAACAUCAGGAGUUUGAAAUGUUGAAAACCGAUUUGAACAACUUGGAUGAGACUUUAUUAACUGACCCUAUUCUAUUUACUAACGAAGUCUCCACAGAAAAUCUGUUGUCCAACAACGAUUUGAUCAGCGCUGAUACAUUAAUGACUGACCCAAACUCUUACACUAAUUACAUUUGUAGCAGGUGCAAUAAAAUGUACCCAGACAUUGACAAUUUUAAAAAACACAACUGUGAUGAGACGCUGAAAGAGGGGACGGACGAAAUUAAAAUUGUCGCUGAAAAUGUGACGGGUUUCAAGUGUUCAGUUUGCAGUAAAGUGUUCAAGUCGAAGCAAACACUUUCCAAGCAUUCAGAAAUGCACGGCAAGGAGAGAAAGUCGACGCAGUCGAAAGUUUGCAAUUUUUGCCAGAAGGAAUUCAAGAAGAACUGCGAUCUCCAACGACACUUGAGAACUCACACGGGCGAAAGGCCUUUUGCUUGUAAAAAGUGUGACAAAAAGUUCGCAUUGAAGUCGACUUUGAUGUCGCACAUUCGAACGCACGAUCCGAACGUUAGUAAGAAAUUUAACUGUUCGGUUUGUAAUUCGUUUUUCAUUUCGAAGUCCACACUCAAAAUGCACAUGUCUGUGCAUACAGGCUCUAGGCCGUACGAGUGUAGCUUCUGUCCCAUGAAAUAUCGGACGCUCAAGUCGAAGAACCAACACGAGGCCAGCAAACACAAGUCGAAUCAAAAGGGGAAGCCACCUCAGCAAAGUAUCACCAGUUUAUUGGCAUCAGUUGCGAACGAAAUCGUGCCUUUGGAACAGCCUCAAACCAGCUCCGUCCUCAUUACAGCCGAUGACAUUAACACCGUACAAGAUGUUAAUCAGGAAUUGGCGCAGCCGUUGCAGAUUGUUUCCGGUGAUCUCCUGCAACAUCUCCAGACUUCCGAUAUUAUCAUACAAGAUCAGGCCACGCUGGACGCCCUUCCUUCCAUCAUUCGAUUGGAAGACUUAUCGUUGUUGAAUUUAAAAAUCGAUAACACCGGAGUUGCGGAAACCUUUCCUAUAAUCGCAACUGAAACUCAAGUUGAAACCGUAUUGGAAAAACCACGAAUACAUGAGUGUGAUAUUUGCCACAAGAGUUACGCCUCCAAAGACGUCUUACGCAAACACAGAAAGACUCACGGAUUGAAUAAAACGUAUUUCUGCGAGCUCUGCAUCAAAGGCUUUGAUAAAGAGACUGAUUUUGAGAAACACAACAAAGUACACAUGGGAUACAGACCGUAUUCGUGUCAUUUUUGCAAUAACAGUUUUUCGGAUUUGCGAGGCCUCAAUUCGCAUGUCAAAAGGAUACAUGGUGGCGUUCAAUAAAUAAGUACAUCAAUUUUUAUGAUGUUUUAGGAUACAUGGUGACGUUCAAUAAAUGGAUACAUCAAUUUUUAUAACGGAGAUCAUUGGUAUCGAUGAUAUAGAUUCUAUAUUCUCAUGU